AUGGCAUCUUCAGUUCCAGGGCCAAGACCGCUCCCAGAGUCUCGUUAUGAUCUAUCAACAUAUUGGGGUAGAAUUCGUCAUUGUGCGGAAAUAUCUGAUCCAUCAAUGCUAUUAACUACAUCGAAAGAUUUAGAUGCUGCACGUCAAGUCAUCGAAGCUUACCGUAAUCAUGAGAUCGAAGCACCUACUCCAGCUUUCUGGAAGGCUAAGAAACAAUUGGAUUCGACGGUGCACCCAGAUACAGGAGAGACUGUCUUACUACCAUUUCGUAUGUCAUGUUGUGUUUUGUCCAAUCUAGUGGUUACUGCAGGUAUGCUAACACCUGGUCUAGGUACGGCGGGGACCAUCUUCUGGCAAUGGGCUAACCAAUCGCUGAACGUUGCUGUUAAUUCUGCCAAUGCUAACAAAUCACAUAGAUUGACUACUACUCAAUUAGUGACAAAUUAUUCUGCUGCUGUUAUUGCAUCCUGUGGUGUUGCUAUGGGUUUGAAUGGGCUGGUUCCCAAAUUGACAAACAUCUCUGCAAACACAAGAUUGAUUCUAGGGAGACUAGUUCCAUUCGCAGCCGUGGUUUCUGCUGGUAUUGUGAAUGUGUUCUUAAUGAGAGGUAAUGAAAUUCGUAAAGGUAUUGCUGUAUCUGAUGAAAAUGGUGACGUUAUUGGUAAUUCUAAGAAAGCUGCAUUGAUCGCCGUAGGUGAAACUGCUUUAAGCCGGAUCAUUAAUGCUACGCCAAUCAUGGUUAUCCCACCACUACUUCUAGUCAAACUUCAAAAGGGCUUAUUAAAGAAUAAAUCCAUGGGUAUUCAAACUGCCGUUAACAUCGGUAUUAUUGCUGUUACCUCAUUUGCCGUUCUUCCAGCUGCUCUUGGUGUCUUCCCGCAGAGACAAAGUAUCCAUGUCAAUAAACUUGAACCUGAAUUUCACAGAGCUAAGGAUAGAGAUGGUAAGCCAGUCACCAAGGUAUAUUUCAAUAGAGGUAUUUAA